AUGGUGUCUGCUCUCACCGUUCUCCUCCUCGGGGAGUAUCGGAGACAGCCAGGGCAGGGGUCCUACCCCAAACCCUACAUCUCCGUCAGCUCCGGUGGGGUGAUCCCCGUGGGGGGGAACGUCACCAUCCGGUGUUGGCAUCACCGCCUGGGCAUGAGGAUCCUCCUCUACAAGGCUGGAGCUGGGAACUAUCUGACUUACACAGACCCCACUGGUUAUGUGGCUGAAUUUCCCAUCACCAGCGCCAGACGGGAAGACGGGGGCAGCUACACCUGUCGUUAUACCGACAGAACAGACCCACCUGCCUACUCGGAGCUCAGUAACCCUGUGCAGAUCAUUGUAGCAGAGCCCAGCUACCCCAAAACCAGCAUCUCCCUGAGCCCCAGCUGGGGGGUUUCCCUGGGGGGAGCCGUGGCCGUCUGGUGUCGGGGGCAGCGCCAGGGCGUGCGGUUCGUGCUGAAUGAAGAGGGACGUCAUUUCCAACCUGUGAAUUCGGACAGGUUUGAGGUUGUGUUUCCCAUCAGCGAUGUACGCCGGGAGGACGGCGGGAGCUACAGCUGCUCCUAUCACAGCAGCUCAGAGCCGUUCAACAUGUCGUACCCCAGCGACCCCGUGGAGCUGGUGGUGAGAGAUCCCAGCUUACCCAGACCCAACAUCUAUCUGAGCCCCACCGGGGUCACCGCCCCAGGGGCAGACGUCACCAUCCGGUGUCAGGGGCAGCACCGGGACGUGAGGUUCUUCCUGCACAAGGCUGGAGACCUGAACCCGCAGCGACACAUGGACCCUGCUGGGGCCGGGGCCGAGUUCCGCAUCCCCAGCGUGGGCCGGCAGCAUGGAGGGAGCUACAGCUGCAGCUACCGGCCCCGGUCAGAGCCCUUCAUCUCCUCGCAGCCCAGCGACACCGUGCAGCUGGUGGUAGCAGGUGUGGGGCCCGGCUCAGCCGUCCCAGCUCCCAGCCCCACACCCAGUCGGCUCGUCAUGGGGCUCUGCACCAAUGGGAUGCUCAGAGCCAGGCUCUGCCCUGGGCACAGCAGAGGGGACACCCGGCUGGAGAGCAGGGACCGAGUCACUGGGGGAUUCCCCAGUCAGGGGGGAGCAGCAGCUGCUGGACAUUUGGGGAGAGAUCCCAGCCCCCAGACGGCUGUCCCCGCUUUGGGGAAGCACAAAGGCGUCGGGGCCAAUGGCUGCUGA